UUGUGUCGCUGCUGCUAAUGUCUCUACAGCGUCUAUAUUUAGGCCGCUUGUUGUGGCGCUGGUCAGCUGGCGCAGGACACGCCUCUGGACUGAAUGGAGCGCGCCGUGCGUAAAGUCCAGCCUGCGGCGCAGCACAACUUUGUCGCAAACUUUUACUUUUCCGACCGGCGCUGUUAACGGUGUCACUGCUAAGAUUAUUGGGGGAAAUAUCACUUCAACGAUGACACGGGAAGAGGACUUGAUCCGGAUCGCUAAGAAGCUAGACAAGAUGGUGUCUAGAAAUAACACGGAGGGUGCUGUUGACCUGCUGAAAGAGCUUAAAGGUUUCAACAUGACUCUCAAACUUCUCCAAGAAACAAGAAUUGGCAUGUCUGUGAACAGCAUCAGGAAGCACUGCAGGGACGAAGACGUUGUCUCGUUGGCAAAGGUCCUCAUUAAAGAAUGGAAGAGACUUCUGGACUCAGGGAAUUCUCACGCAGAGAAAAGUGCUGACAUGAAGAACGGUUUGGACUCAGGGAAGCCUGCAGCAGCAGCUGCAAACAGCUCAUCCUCAGAGACACAGAGCAGCCACAGGAGGUUGGAGGCCAAACUGAAACAUGAAUCCGACCCUGACAAAAACAAGAAAGAAAGCCAGAAUGAAAACCACAUAAACAAAAAGAGAUGCGUAGAUGAUCCCAGGAUGGACGGAAAACACCCCAAGGAGCGCCAAAGUGAGAAACACCUCCAAGAAAUCAGAACAGAGAAACAAAUGCCUGCAGAGAAUCCCAAAGUGGAAAUGGAUAAUAAGAAACAGAGGCACUCACAAGACCUGCAGAGUCACAAACACAAGUCUGACCCCAGCAAAAACAAAUCAUUGGAAGAGCUGAAAAAAAAGUGGCAUGUUGAGCAAAUAAAAACAGAGAAACCUCCCGAGGAGCUUAAAAAAUGUGCAGAUGAAGGGAAGAAGGAUAAAAACAGGGAAGAUGGCAGACAAGAGUGGCCUGUUGGUGCCCCUCAUAGAGACGAGCCACCUGAAGCUAAUAAACUCAUCUUUGAACGGAGAGGAGUGCUGGACAGCUCACUACUGUAUCCCACUCGCUUCCCCUCUCCUCCUCGACCUGCUCGACCUCUUUUACCCAUCAAACGUCCGUCUCUGGAUUCGGGAAAAGAAAGGAAGGAGGGUAAAGAUUCUUCCUCUCGACAACCUCACUCUCAUGGCCCUCAACCUGCCUCUCUGCCGCCAAAACGACCUGCAGUGGAAGUCAAGAAAGAGAGGAAGGUUCCACCAGACCCAAAUGCUCCAAUACCUCCUCUACCCUUCCACCUCCAUCCUCCUCCUCCAAGAAAAGAGCCUCCAGAUCCCAAUGCUCCCCUUCCUCCCCUCCCACUCCAUCUACACCCCCCCGCUCCUCCUCAAAAGCACCCCUCUGUGGAUGGGAGCAAGGAAAGAGAUAGGUCUGAACUAUAUCAGCUUAUAUUGUCACCCCCUAGAAUCCCUGAGGAAAAUGUGUUUUUUUCUGUUAGUGCAUUGAUUCCGCUUGUUUGCAGCAGCAGAAAGUCGUCCACAGAACCAAAGAAAAAGUCUGCUGAUUGUCUGAAGAAAGACAGGAGAGAUUCAGAUGAUGGCAAAACAUCUAAGAAACUCUCAGAUGACGCCAAGAGAGAAAGGAAAGAUUCUUCUGAUUCUAAAGCACCUCCUUCCAAAAAGGUUACCAGUGAAGUCAAAAAAGAAAAACACAGGAAGGAUCCCAGUGACCUGAAACCAUGCCAUCCUGCAAAAGGCCAUUCCACUGAGCUCAAACAUAUCAGGCGUGAAUCCACUGAUUCAAAGAGAAGUAGCUCACCACCAGCUAAGAAGAUAACUGCUGAAAGGAGAGAGUCUUUGGGUUCAAAGCCUCCUGGACAACCACUGAGAAAAUCCUCUACUGACAGCAUUGAAAGGAAGGGUAAAAUUGAAGCACCGAGGACUCCCACCACCCCAACCAGCCCGAUGUCUCCAAGUUUUAACUCUCCUGGAGGUCCUCUUCCCCCUCACCUUGCUACUGGAGACUCAGUCAGAGACAAGUGCAUUGAGAUGCUGGCAGCUGCCCUGCGCACAGACAAUGAUUACAAAGAUUUUGGAGCAAACUGUGACAGCAUGGCAGCAGAGAUUGAAGAUCAUAUCUACCAGGAGAUCAGGGCCACGGAUAUGAAAUACAAGAACAGAGUCCGUAGCCGCAUCAGCAACCUGAAGGACCCCAAGAACCCAGGGCUUCGUAGAAACGUCCUCGCAGGAAGCAUUGAGUUGAGCCGGAUGGCCAGCAUGUCAGCGGAGGAAAUGGCCAGUGACGAGCUGAAACAGCUGAGGAACGUCCUCACCCAGGAGGCCAUCAGGGAACACCAGAUGGCCAAAACGGGUGGGACCACCACAGACCUGCUGCAGUGCGGCAAGUGCAAGAAGAAGAAUUGCACUUACAACCAGGUUCAGACUCGCAGCGCUGAUGAGCCCAUGACAACAUUCGUCCUAUGCAAUGAGUGUGGUAACCGCUGGAAGUUCUGCUGAUGCCUUCAAGGUGAAACGUUGUUCCUCAAAGGAUAUUGUAUCGUUUGCUUCCCAAAUGUGUCGCAGAUUGAGUUGAUAUACAGCUGCAAAUCAUGGUUUCAACAAAAAAAGGUCUUCUAAAGGUUUUUACUUGAGAUUUAUGAGCAUAGAUUAAUAGUCAGGGUUGAAAUGUUACUGAUUAGGCGACGGAUUAAUUAUAAAAUCAAUAGGUUUGUAAUUUAAUAAUUAGGAUUCUGGACCUAUCUCAAUAAUUUUACUAUGCUCUGUCAUAAUACGGCCGUUUAUUUUGUAUAUAUAUCUAACAAUAAAACUGCCUAAAUCCGUUGAUCUCAGAAGUAUUAUUUAAGUGUGAAAAAAUCUAAUCCAUUUACUUUUACAUCAGCUUCAUCCAUCUGUGAACCAUGUGAACAAGCUUUCCAAAUGUUGAUACAAACUCAUUGCUUUUCAAAACAAACAUAGUUUAAGUUAGGUGUGAAUACAGUCAAGAUUAUCUGCAAUUAUCCAAGAAGUUGUGAGCAGAAGUGAGUUGUUUUCUCAAAAGAUAAAAUAAGGUUAUAUGUGUGUCAUGAUUGGUGCCCUGAUAGCUGACCUAAUUGCUCACUUCACUCACUUGCCUAAUCCUCCCCUGCCACUAAUUAUCAUUCAUCUUAUCCACCGGCUCCUGCUGCUUAAUAUUCGGCUCAACCCAGCUAUCCGGGGCCAGAUCAUUCUGUCAGGAAUUCAGAAUGUAGGACCCAGUAUUCAGGCUAGACAGGCAGUGGGAAGUUUCAAAAAGGUUAUCAACAAAACAGAGAAAAAGCAGAGCUGUGGAUCUACGGAUCUGCAGCGACUGCUGGGGGAGGCGGGGCACCACCCAUCACUGGCACUCCAGUUUAACAGUUCAGUCUAUCCUCUUGGGUGAGGCAGGAUCCAAGCGAUCGACUGCCAACGAGAUGCGGAGCCGGCCAGAAUGUCCCCGAUGCAAUAAACUCAGUAAACAUGCAGAAGUCUGAGCCAGUUCAGGCAAACAGUUCAGAACAGGACGGUUCUGAGAUCCAGGAGUCCAAAACCUGAUCAGGGAUUCCAAUCAGAACCAGGAACAGACAGAGCCAGGGUUCCAGAAAUCCACAGAGCGUUAAGGUAGGUUCAGCAUUUCAUGAGUCCACAAAGACUUCAAGCAGAAAACGUUCAAAUAGAAAACAGGUGAGCCCAGUAGUUGAGAGGCAGGACAAGACGUGACACCAAGAAAACAUCAGAACUUUAGAUUAAAUCCCUCCACCGAGUCAAAACAGGAUAGCUGGCCUGAGCCGAAUAUAAAGCAGCAGGAGUAGGUGGAUAAAUUGAAUAGUUAUUGGUAACCGGGUAGGGUUAGAGAGGUGAGAGAGGUGAGUAAUUAGGUCAGCUAUCACGGCACUGGUCAAUACGUGUAUAACUGUUACAAAUGAAAAUAAUUUACUUUACAUUUAAAUAAAGAAAAGAUAUGUCCAAUGUUAUUUCUACCCUUCUAAUAAACGUAUGAGUAAUGCUUGAUUAGAUAUUACUGAGACUAAGUGCUUCUCUUUAUUACUGAUCAGCUGUUUGCAUGUUUCUGCUUCUAUCCAUGACCAUUUCCAAGUCUUUGAAUGACAUGUUUUCCCAUUUUGUGAGUUUCUUUUGAGGGUUGUUUUCAGAACUCCUUUUUGUUUAUCAUAUUCUAACAUGUUCUGCCAUUUUCCCAUGUUAAUGUUGGUAUUAGCUAAGUUGGCCUUGUUAUUCCUUUAUGCUUAGACUUUUAUUUUUGUGUUCUGUUCUUUGUACAUUUGCAUUCUGUUUCUUUAACCACAGUGUCUUAGAUCAGCUUCUUUUUUUAAGAUUAAUUCAACAGCUUCCCUGCCUUCUUUCUGCCCCAGCUGCUCCAGACUUCUACUGAACUGAUAUUUUGGUUUAUUUGUCAUUCUACAACCCUUACAAGCUCUCUCCGUGUCACAGUUGAAUUUUUCUGUUGGACUCUCUUCCAUACUCUCUCCAUUUCCAUGACAAUUUUGCCUCUUGCCCACCCAUGUUUCGUGACUUAUUACUACUGCGA